GCUAACCCACUAGACUGACACCGAUACGAAGUCAGUAUGGCGGAUGCCUUCGUUGACAGAGUGCGCAGGACAGAGCGGAUUUUGUGCGUAACAUGUGGUAUACUUAUCUUACCUGACGUCGGUUUGAGCCGUUGAAUUGUUUUUGCGUUGAUUUAUGAAAAUGUUUUGAUGAAACUGGGUUGUAUGGCACUGUAAAGCCAACAUGAAGUGGACGCGCUCCUAGCUUUCUGUUAAAUAGAGGAAAUAUAACUAAACUAAACCUGGAUUAAGCCUAUUAAAUGUCAAUGGUUAUAGUGUUGUAAACUGUGGUGGUUAAUUAAUUUUCAAAGCUCUGGAUAUUUUACAAUUUAACUAGAUAACACUUCACGGGCAGUGGUGACUGGUGAGAGAGGCUGGCCCAGGACUGGAUUGUCUUUGGUAGAGCGUCUUGACUUUAGCGAGGUGGUUGAGGCAGUGGAAGUUAUGCAUAGGAAAAAAGUGUGAUGCUUGAAGAACGAGCGUGAUGGAGGGGGGUGUGGCAUCAGAAUUCACCAUAUAUUCAGCACAAUACGCUACACCACCCGUAAGACAACGCCUAACCCACCCCGCUCACAUCCAUCAUGCCCAUGAUCAUUACGGAGCUUUCAGGAGGUCAACUGGGGGCAUCUCCUUGCCUCCUGGUGGGGCAUCCUUACUGGGUAUGGUGAGCGCGAGUCCGUUCUCUGGUCCUCUGUCUCUACCUUUGCCCCACAGUUCGGAGUACCUACAGACAUUACGUAAUCGUCAGCAUCAUCAUCACCACCAUACAUACCCUCCGUACCCUCCAGUGCCCCGUCCGCCACCGCGUCGGUUACACUAUCACCCUCAUGGGCCACAGUCUAAUCUGCACUUUGGUGCCCAUGAUCAUCCCCCACCCCCACCACCUCCUCCUCCGGCAGGAAGAUGGGACGAGGACCCCUGUUUCCUUAGACCUCAUUCCCCCGAAACACCCUGUCCACACAAUCUCUUAGGCUCGUCCCUCCAGCAGGAAGAUGGGUCUUGCUUCGUGGUGAUGGGACACCUGGAGUCUGAUGCUGUUCCCUUGGCCUUCUCAGCCAAAAACCCGCUGCACGUGGAGAGACAGCUCCGCCAAGAGGAGGAAGAGGAGGGCGUUUAUUCUUACGCCGGGGAAGGUUUCGUAUGCCCAGUCGAUGUCAUCAAGGCUCAGGCUGCCCUAGAGGAUUCUGACAGUUACGGAGGUUCCAUAGCCUCCGAAAAUAUCUACGAAGAGAUCCCCGAAAACUGGGACGUCCACUCUUGGGCGAGGAGGUCGCUAGUCGAGGAAGUUCUAGAUGAGUAUGAGCGAGUUAGGGCAGGGCACCGUCGGGUACUUUCUGCGUUGAAUCUAGACGUGGAGACCCUCAUUCGUCCGAGUGCCCAGAACGGCACUGCGUCUCCUGAUUCCGGCUUGACAGUCUCCGCGUCUGAUUCCUCCUGUGAACCGAAUCCCUCAAGCUAUGACAUGCCCCCUCAUACCCAGAACCCUACCAACCCAGGGCGAUAUUUCCAUCGGAAAUCAACAUCUAGAAAGGAGGAAUCAGACUCCAGUAAGGUGAACAAACGCGGGAGGUUGGUUAAGUGUGAGUCAUUAGAUCUGAAGGACGCGUUUGUCAGGAGACCCUCUGGAGGGCGUGGUCAAGGAUUCAGGGAGAAGCUUGGAGGAGUCAAAGAGAAGAUGGAGAAGAGAGGAUGGCGGUUUCCUAACUUCACAAAGAAAGACAAAAGAUCUUCUGCUGACCUGAGCAAUGACUGCGGAUUACAUCAGUCCCUUCCCGACGGCGGCGGUGUGGGCAGUCGGGAGGGGGGCUUCUCCCCUCCCGCGCCCCUCUACGUCAUCUACGACGAGCCCAACAACUCGGUGGGGGUCAAGAGGAACAGCUUACGAGAGAAAUGAUUGAUGGCUCUGCGGUUUAUCGAAAGGCUCUGUGUAGUUUAAUGAUAAGCUUUGACGCUUCUUCUGAAGGCGUCCUGUCAAUGCGUCAACAGAAAAUUGCUCACCUGUCAAUGCGUCUCAGGU